UUAUUGUAAGUUUCCAUUUUCCAUUUCAUUCAGACACAACCUGGAACCAAACCGUCAGGCACAUGUGUGGAGAAAAUAGAUUAAAACAGAUUAAAUCACAGACUUUUUCCUCUUGUUUGUGUGUGGUUGUCAGGUUGGGAGCGGUGUCAGCUGGCAUGUUGUGUGCCCUCACCACCUUGUCUCAGCAGCUGGAGAAUGAGGGUGCCGUCGACAUCUACCAAGUGGCUAAGAUGAUCAACCUCAUGAGGCCAGGAGUCUUCACAGACAUUGACCAGUACCAGUACCUAUACAAAGCUCUGCUCAGCCUCAUCAGCACCACAGAGAACACUUUGGGUCCUCUGGCCAGGGACAUAACCGGGACCAUGGUGUCCAUGUCCGACCAGUCCGACCAGGCAGAGAGCAUGGAGUCGUUGGUGUGAGGGAGGUCCCUCAGAGGCCCAGGGCUGAGCGCGUCCUGUGCGAGGUCCCUGAACCUACAAAGCCGGCACUUAACUUUGUAAAACGUCGAGGAACUAUUGAGGACAAGACUUUUUGAGGCCUUUUUUGCCAGACUCUUGGUUAAAACAAAUAACCUGAUUACUUUUUUACACUGAUAAAAAGUUUUUGAUAUUUAUUUUUUUCGCCAUUUUAUGUCUUAAUGUUCUCCUACUGAAGGGUUUGCACCUGCGUUUUUGAGUUUCACAGCGGCGUUGGUAGGCAACGAGAAACACUUUUCUGUCUUUUCUUGUUUGCACUAUAUAAUGUCAGUGUUACUGCCUAUACUAAAGCUGACUCACUUGGCUUUUCCUCACUUGAGCUCUGAUUUUUUUAAUUUUCUUUUUUGACAUUCCAUGACUUUGGCCCUUAUUCAACCAACUGCUUCUGUGAAGGACAUUGCCUGCCACCUACCAGUUCAUUUAAAGCAGCGGAUGGAGGAAGUUACAAACUCUCAGCCUCAGUAACAAAAUGCUGGUCAGCUUCAGCUCAGUAUAACCUCCUCAUCCCUGCUCAUCUCUAAUAUCAUAUUACCACUCAUCUAUCACAAGAACCAAGAUCUUGGAGGCUUGUCACAGACAAUUAGUGCUUGUUUUCUGAAAGUAAUUACCCCUCCAUUUUUAUUCUGUUGCCACUCUCUCCUGUUAGCAAGUCACAUUCAUGUUAGAGUACCUGAGGUGGUGUAACAACUGCU